UGAGGGCUGCUGCCUCGCGGGACCUCCAGGCCGGUCAGCAGCAUGCACCAUGGCGCAUGCGUGACCGGGCGGCAAGGACGGUGUCCGGGAAGUGCCAACAAUCAGCAGCGGUUCCGGCGGCCGGGAGGCUCGGGGAGAGAGUGAUUUAAACAGUUCGGUUAUCAUACUUUUCAGAGUCAUACUUUGAAAAAUGACCAGUUCUGCUAAUGUUGAAGCCCAGCUGUCUGAACUGGAACUACUGCUCAGCAUGUUUCCAAAUGAACUUUUAGUGGAUGAUCAGUUGGCUUUAAUAGAUCUCAAAGAAUAUGUGCAGGGAAAGAUUCUGAUCCCACCAACCUCAAGACUGCAAUACACAGUACAACUCCAGCUGGACACUCCUAAUGUUGUUUGUGCAUUAUCUUGUUCCUUUCCUCCAAAUUAUCCAGCAGUGAUUCCAGAAAUUUCAAUAAGAUCAGCUGCUUUACACAGAACACAGCAAGCACAAUUAAAUAUAGACCUUCAUGAGUAUCUAAGACAAAAUUGUUGUGGUGAGAUUUGCAUGCUGAAUGCAAUUGAAUGGAUCAAAGACCAUGCAGCCAAAUACAUGAGGAAGCAAACUAUUGCAACUGAAAACAGACAACCUGCCAGAACCAAAAAUAUAACUUGUACCCGACUCUGGAUCUACAGUCAUCACAUCUAUAACAAAGAAAAGAGAAAGAAUAUUCUUGAGUGGGCAAAAGAACUUUCACUUACUGGCUUCAGUAUGCCUGGCAAACCUGGUGUGAUUUGUGUGGAAGGGCCACAGAGUGCAUGUGAAGAAUACUGGGCAAGAGCCAAACGGUUGACCUGGAAGAGGAUUCUAAUCCGCCACAGAGAAGAUACUAUAUUGGACAUCACAAAUAUUGACAUGGAGACUGCAAUGCAAAUGUUUCGCAAAUUUACUGAUUUUGAAGAAAAAAUAUUUGAUGUACAUGGUACCAAGGGAAAUCAUAUGGAUUUGGGACAACUGUACCAAUUUUUAAAUGAAAAAGAAUGUGGAGAUGUUUUUCAAUUGUACUUUGGUGUUGAAGGAAGAACAUUGUAAAUUAUUUGGGCAUUUACAACAUUCUACAUUUAUAACAAGGAAAAAAAAGAUCAAAUGUACUAUGCCAUGCUGUCAAAGUUUUCCAAUUAAAUAAUACAAUCCAACAACCUAA